CGUAAUGACGCAGGGUUGGAGACCCCGGAAGAGUCCUGGCAUUGUUUACAUUCUACUCUUUGUUCGGUGGAAAUUCUGCCAAAAUGUCCAAAAAACGGUCAAAAACGGCGGAGAGCCGCAGCCUGCGGGCGGUGGUCGACGCGCAGCUGGUGGCGGCCGCAGAGGAGAUCUUCUGGCUGCUGAAGGAGCGCAGGCAGGCGGACAUAGAGCAGCUAAAGCGGCUGGUGACGGAGCGGCUCACCGCGGCCGUGAACAACAUCUUCACCGUGUUCGAAGCGACUCGAGCGGCCGAGAGAGAACCGGAGGAGCCCGGGCAGAAGCUGAGAGGCGACCCUGCAGCCGGCAGGACAGGUCAGUGUCCGGAUACAGACAGAAACACGAGUUGUGUCUGUCCGUCGGUGUCCAGAGUCUCUCUGAGGACAAACAUCUGAAGCAGGAAGUCUCUGUGGACGACCAACUGAAGGAACCUCGGCCCAGCACUUCCUCCCGACCGGAGGACGUUUCAGACCCGAAGCCUCAGCCCAACUCUCCGGACCAUCCGGCUGGAGAGGACGAAGAAGACGAUGAGGAGGCGACUUCUCACUGCUGCAGAGUGUGUGGGAAGUCCUUUGACAGGAAAGGCUUUUUGAUGAAACACGUGGAGAAACACUCGAAGGACGCAGACUGUCUGUGCGGUCUGUGCGGCGAGCAUUUGGAGUCCAUCGACAGUCUAAGGCUGCACCUUCAGACACACCGCGACAGCAGCCGGACCUGCGACAUCUGCGGCAAGAAGUUCCCCUCAAUCCGAGCUCAGGAGACGCACCUGAGGCUGCACACCGGAGAGAAACCCUUCAGCUGCCACGUCUGCGGAAAAGGUUUCAACCAGAAGGGCAACAUGGUGACGCACAUGAGGAUCCACACGGCCGAGAAGCCGUUCAGGUGCACCAUCUGCUGCAAAGAGUUCAGCCACACCGGCUCUCUGGAGCGACACAUGAAGGCUCACGACGGACAAUCGCCGUUCAGCUGCAACGUCUGCGGGAAAGGCUUCGGUAAGAGCGCCGAGCUGCGGCGACACGUCCGCAGCCACGAGUCUGAAGAGCCACCGGCUACCAGGAGCCGACGCAGGAAACCAAGUCUGACUCCUUCACACUGCUGCAAGGUCUGCGGGAACGCCUUUCACAACAAAGGUAACUUUGUGCGGCAUGCAGAGACUCAUUUAAACGAUCCUGUCAGUCGCUGUGGCGUCUGUGGGGAGCAGUCAGAGUCCUCGGAGAGUCUGCAGCUCCACAUCCAGAGUCACAGAGAAACCAGCAGGAUCUGUGACAUCUGCGGCAUCAGCUUCAGGGACAUGGAGAUCCACAUGAGGACGCACACCGGACAGAAACCCUUCAGGUGCAAAGAUUGCGGCAAAGACUUCCCCAGGAAGGGCUCUCUGGAGAGACACAUGAAGCUGCACGCCGGCGAGAGACCGUUCAUCUGCGAGUUCUGUGGGAAGACUUUCAUCGAAAACACCGUCCUGAGGAGACACAUUAAGAGCCACACAGGCGGGAAGCCGAGGAUUUACUCCUGCGACGUCUGCGGCAAGAAGUUCACCAUGAGCCAGCAUCUGGACGUGCACAAGAGGAUCCACACCGGGGAAAAACCGUACACCUGCAGGGUCUGUGGCAAGAACUUCCGCCAGAUCGGCAACCUCGACUCACACAUGAGGAUCCACACGGGCGAGAAGCCGUUCAUCUGCAGCCUCUGUGGGAAAAGAUUCCGCCAGAAAAUCUCACUGGAGACGCACGAGCGCUUCCACAAGAAGGAGAAACCGUUCAGCUGUCAGCUCUGCAGUAAGGGCUUUGUCCAGAAGAUCGACCUGAAGAGACACAUGCUGACGCACACCGGGGAGAAACCGUACAGCUGCAGCGUCUGCGGGAAGAGGUACCAGGAGAAACGCUCGGUGGACUCGCACAUGAAGGUUCACUCUGGAGAACGAACCGUUAAAGACUCAGCCGCAAACGUGAACCUGAAACGACCGGAGGGGGGUCACGACUUCAUCCAGCUGUGAGCUGCACACGAACUGAAACAGACUCCCAUCAGUCACUCUGUAAGUCUGUGACGUUUACGUAUUAAGAGUCACGCAGCAAAAAGUUCAGCUCACGUUUUUUCUUUCAGUCAGAUUAUUUUUAGCCGCUAAACUAAAGCGUGACGACUUUUCAGUUCAAACAGCUUCAAAAACUAAACUCAGGAGUCAUCAUCACAGGAACCUUUAUAGAAACUCAGCAACGUUGCCUUUGUUUCCAUCAAAGAAACCAGAGUCCCAAACAGUCCCUAUUUUGGGGGUAGUAGUCAGGCCGUCACUGAUUGGUCAAACAGGCAGUUACGACUCGUAUCCAGCUGAUCAUCUGUUGUGGAGACGAGUGUUGUGGAGUUUUUGCUUCGUGUUCACGGCUCUUCAGAGUCGCUGGACAAACAGAAAUUCACAGACUUUUAGUGUCAGGAGAGCUUUUCAUUCAUCUAAAUGUCAGGUCAGAUGUCACAACGUGUUUCUCUGUUUCAGCUCUCGGUCCUCAUUAAUAACGUUCCAGGAGAACCAGGAACCUUUUGAGGAACUGAAGUUAGUUCCUGUAGGAGAUUUCCAGCUGUAAAAACAGUUCCUGCUCUGGGGGAGGUUUUACUUUGUAAAGAUACAGGAAGUUUAGGGGCGGGGUUUGCAGGGAUGCCUGUCACUGAUUGGUCAAACACUGCAGCUGCUUCAACUUAUGUCGCUUCAUUCAUAAAACAAGAACUUAAAUGUUGAUGUUACAGAAACGUUUCUUAUCAUUAAUUAACAAAGUUAGAAGACAGAAGUAAAUCUUUAUUUUAUGAUAGUUUCAUGCUGUUACGUUCUAAAGUAGAAAUAAAUAAUCAUUAAAUAAUCAUCCGUUUAAAUUCACCUGCUGUCAUUAAGCUGUAUUCUUUGAUUUUAUGACAAAGAUGUAGGUUUGAGCUGAUUGAUCAGAUCAACUAUCAACAAGUGAAGAGACCGUUGUUUUGUUUUUAAUGUUUAUAGAAAAUAAUUAUUUACAGGAUGAAGAUCUUGAAUCUUCUGCUCCGUCCUUUUUCCAUUUGAUCCUGAUGAAACCUUGUAUCUCCAUAUUCCUGCUCAGUAAAGUUUUGCUCUGAGCACCAACGUCCACAACACCACAGCUGCUGCCGAUGAAUGAAAUAAAAACUCUCAGUCUCUGCCGCCUUAGAUUCAUUUAUUUAUUAAAGGUGGUGGUGAGGUGGAGAGGUGGUCCAGAUCUGAUAUGACAAACUCAGAUUCGGUUUGUUCAAGUCACUUGGAGGCAAAAAAAAAAAAAAAGCCAAACAGAUUUCCGCCACUCCAGCAUGUGACGUGAACGUAGCAACAAUAAUAACACGACCAAACUAUAGUCU